AUGAAGGGACCACGAGCCUUCUGGAUCAGAGGAGGGGUGCUGGGUGCAGGGAAGAUUUUGGAGGCGUUUGGAAAUGCAAAAACGGCACAUAACAACAACUCGAGUCGCUUUGGCAAAUUUAUUCAAGUGAAUUAUCAGGAGACGGGCACCGUGCGCGGAGCUUAUGUUGAAAAGUACCUCCUGGAGAAAUCAAGACUAGUCUAUCAGGAGCACAAUGAACGGAACUACCAUGUAUUUUAUUACCUCCUGGCAGGAGCGAGCGAGGAGGAGAGAUCAGCAUUUCAUCUGAAGCAGCCUGAGGAAUAUCAUUACCUCAACCAGGACUGCUUUUCCGUGGAAGGGGAGGACUUGAAGCAUGACUUUGAGCGGUUACAACUGGCCAUGGAGAUGGUGGGAUUUCUUCCCAAGACUCGCAGACAAAUUUUCUCUCUCUUGUCGGCGAUACUACAUCUGGGUAACAUCCGUUACAAAAAGAAGACUUACCGGGAUGAUUCCAUUGAUAUUUGUAACCCUGAAAUACUACCUAUUGUGUCGGAUCUGCUGGAGGUGAAAGAAGAGAUGCUGUUUGAGGCCCUGGUUACCAGAAAGACGGUGACAGUAGGAGAGAAGCUGAUCUUACCGUACAAACUAGCAGAGGCUGUGACCGUGCGAAACUCCAUGGCUAAAUCAUUGUACAGCGCCCUGUUCGACUGGAUAGUGUUCAGAAUUAACCACGCACUCCUCAAUUCGAAGGACAUGGAGGAAAGCACCAAGACUUUAUCCAUUGGAGUACUUGAUAUUUUUGGGUUUGAAGACUAUGAAAAUAAUAGUUUUGAACAAUUCUGCAUUAACUUUGCCAACGAGCGCUUGCAGCACUACUUUAACCAACACAUCUUUAAACUUGAGCAG